CUUAUUUUGAGUAAGAACCUAAUCGGUCCCAACCCUAUUCAUAGAAUCAAUGGGACUGUUAAAAGGAAUAGUUGUUUUCCAGCAAGGCAGCGAUGCCAUGGGUUUCAAGAAUUCCGGCGAUGCCAUGGAUUCCGGCGAUCGAGCGAUGCCAUGGAUUUCAUGGAUUCCGGCAUCUAGUGUUUCUCCUUCUCCAUGUUUGGCGGGCUUCAUAUGGAGAACCAGGUUCGUAGCUCCGUUGAAUCAUUCAAGAUCUACUGUUGAGGGAUUUGAAGUAGCAGGCAAAGGAUUACACGAUGGAGCAAAAGAGCAAGGAGGCGAGAAGACACACUUCGUACUCCGUAUAAAAGAACAAAAUUAAAUGGAAAAGAAGAGAAAAUGCAGGUGGAUGUUGACAAAGUCCCAAGUGCCAGCAACCCAUCUGAACUGAUGAAUAUGUACAUGUGACUAUAUGACCGGAGGUUAACCUACAAAUGACUGUUUUUAAUAAUUUG